AUGUCUGUGCAAAGAAUGAAAAUUGGCUGUGCUGGCCUUGGUCGCAUGGGCAAACGUCAUGCUCUGAACUUUUUACAACGAACUCCCCGAGCUGAAUUGGUUGCUGCCAGCACACCUGAUCCCGUCGAGCUCGAAUGGGGCAAGAAGAACCUCGAGCCAUACGGUGUUCGUCUAUACCAGAAUUACGAUGACAUGUUAAAGCACGAGGGCCUGGAGGCCAUUGUCGUCGCAUCUGCAACAGCCGUGCAUGCCGAACAAGCAAUCAAGGCAAUCAACGCCGAUAAGCAUGUUCUUUGCGAGAAGCCACUGUCCACCAGUGUCGAAGUUUCCCAAUCCGUCGUCGACGCUGCCAACAAAAAGCCACACCUAAAGGUGAUGUGCGGAUUCUCCCGUCGCUUCGACAGCUCCUACCGCGACGCAUACAACAAAAUGCAAGCCGGCGUAAUUGGCGCCCCCUCCAUCCUCCGCAGUCAAACCUGUGACAAGCUCGACCCAUCCGGCUUCUUCGUCGCCUACGCCCAAUUCUCCGGCGGAAUCUUCGUCGACUGCUCCAUCCACGACAUAGACCUAACACUCUGGUUCUUCGGCGCAGAAAGCAAAGUCAAGACUGUCUCUGCAGUAGGCAACACAGCCGUCGAGCCUGAUCUACGCAAACACAAUGAUAGAGAUAACGCCGUGGGACUUGUAGAGUUCCACGAUGGCAAGAUUGCCUAUUUCUAUGCCUCUAGAAUGAUGGCUGCUGGUCAAGAAGAUACAACGGAGAUUAUUGGUACAAAGGGCAAAUUGGCUGUUAAUACGCAGCCGCAGAUGAAUCUUGUUAAUGUUUCUGAUGCCUCUGGUGUUAGGAGGGAGAUUCCGCAGACUUAUUGGGAUCGAUUCGAGCAUGCUUUUGUUACUGAGGCUAAUGAGUUUACGGAGGCGGUCUUGGAGAAUAAGCCUCUUGCUUUGCAGUUGACUGCUGCUGUGCAGGCUGUUAGAAUUGGGGCUGCGUUGCAAGAGGCUAUGAUUUCUGGGAAGAAGAUUUCUUUUGAUCUAAGUGGGAAUCGGGUUGAGGCUGCUAGGUUGUAG